UUGAAGACCCCUCCUAGUUUAAACAGCCUUUGGGAACUAAAGGAAUACAGGUAAUCCUCUACUUAACCACAGUUUGUUUAGUGACUGUUCAGGUACAAAUGAAAUUAAGGCCGUGUUUCACACUUACGGCCAUUGCAGCAUCCCCCUGACCAAAAUUCAAAGUUCCUAUUUAUGACGGUGUUCCCAAAGUCACGUGAUUCCCUCUUUUGACAAUCGAGGCCGGUGGGGAAGCACGCUGGAGAUUUUUAAGAAGAGACUGGACAGUCCCUUGUCUGAAAUGGUACAGGAUCGCCUGCUCGAGCAGGGGAUUGGACUAGAUGACCUCUGAGGUCCCUUUUCGCUCUGUUCUGAUCACAUUACCUAUUUGCCUGAAAUGGGUAUAUAGGGUCUCCUGCUUGAGCAGGGGGUUGGACUAGACAACCUCCCAGGUCCCUUCCAGCUGAUCACAUUACAUAUUUGUCCGAAAUAAGUGUAGGGUCUCCUGCCUGAGCAGGGGGUUGGACUAGACAACCUCCCAGGUCCCUUACAGCUGAUCACAUUACAUAUUUGUCCGAAAUAAGUGUAGGGUCUCCUGUCUGAGCAGGGGGUUGGACUAGACAACCUCCCAGGUCCCUUCCAGCUGAUCACAUUACAUAUUUGUCCGAAAUAAGUGUAGGGUCUCCUGCCUGAGCAGGGGGUUGGACUAGACAACCUCCCAGGUCCCUUCCAGCUGAUCACAUUACAUAUUUGUCCGAAAUAAGUGUAGGGUCUGCUGCUUGAGCAAGGGGUGGGACUAGACGACCUCCAAGGGGCCCAUUCCGAUUCUGAGUGCUUGCAGAUCAGUUAGUCAACCUGGUGGGAGAAGUCAGGACCCUUCCCCAAAGACAGGUGAGGCCUUGGGGGGGGAGAGGCACUGGCCUGGCAGCCUGGCUAGACUAGGGGCCUUGACCCCUGGAAAAGUUUAUGUCAACAGGAUCCGAAAAAUUGGAAUUUGACCACAGCCGGCUCCAGUCCGGGCGGACUGUCUGCGCGGUCCAGCCAUGUUCCCAGCUGCUGCCUGGCUGAUCCUGCUGGUGGCCCCUGGCCCCCCCUGGGUCAGGGGGGACCUGAUUCAAGAGACGGAGGAGGGGGACGCGCUGAAGCUGGGUGCCUGUUUCCCAGGCUCGGCCGUGGAAGCCGGGGGGCUGAAUCUGGGACAGAGAUGGGGAGACCCCUCCCCAACUGCCAGUCUCCUCAUUGACCUGCGAAGGGUAACCAGUGCAGUUUCCUCCUUUGACUUCCGGACCUUCGACCCGGAAGGGGUCAUCUUCUUUGGGGACACGAAUCCCGGCUUCGACUGGUUCGUCCUCGCUUUGCGUCGGGGGAAACCGAUCAUGCAGAUCCACAACUCCGUCACCAACAUCACCGUCUCCGGGGGGCGGCGUCUCAACGACGGCCAGUGGCAUCGGAUUACGGUGAAGAACGAAGGACACAUCGUAAUGUUGUUGCUUGACGGAGAGGACCAACUCACCCUCAGCCACGUCUCCCACCCGAUUGUGAACCAGACCACCCCCCAGAUGCGCAUCGGGGUGGGAGGCCUGUUCAUCUUGCCGACUGAAUUGCUGGUCCCGCUGAACCCGGCCCUGGACGGCUGCAUCAGGCACUGGGACUGGCUGAACACCAGCCAACCGUGGCAAGAGGGGGCGUCCCUGCAGGACCCCGGCGCCAAGGUCUGCAUGGCCACCGUCCAGCGGGGUAGCUUCUUCCCUGGCGACGGACUGGCCGUCUUUCAAGUCUCAGGCCUCCCCGUCCGGCUCAGCCCCAUGGACGGCAACUGGCGCUUCUCCCUGCAGCUGCGGAUCAGGGCCGCCCCCCAGCUCAGCACCCUGCUGGCCGUUUGGGCGAUGGAGGAGCAGCGCCCGGCCCUGCGCCUGGCCCUGGAGCGCACGGAUUUGACGGCCGAACUGGGUAACCAGACGGUCCUGCUGCUUCCUCUCCCCCAAGGGGGCUGCCUGGAUACCCCCCUCCUCCUCCUCCUCACCCCCUCCUCCUUCACGCUGCGUCUGGGCGACACCGAGGUCACCAAGCCCACCCCCAGGGACGAUUACGAGAGCCUGAGAGAUGUCUGGCUGAGCAACAUGGGAAACCUGGUCAUCGGAGGGGCAUCUGGAGAGGGGAAAACUCCGGAAUCUCCUCGUUUCCAGGGCUGCCUCCACACUGUCUGGGUUCAAGGUCAUGAGCUGGACUUCGAUGAUGCUCAGUUCCGGAGCAAUUCGAUCUGGGCACACAGCUGCCCCGGGAACGAGGGAAACAAAGUCGACGUGGAUGAUGGGCAUUAAAGGGACAGUGGCGCUAUUGCACGCACACACGCACACCUGGGCAGUUUUUCCAUCCCUGAGCACAUCUGUCGCCAUCUCUCUCUGUUUCUGCCAUCCGUAAAUGUGUGUGGUAAUAAUAAUAGUAGUAAAGUUGGAAGGGACCUUGGAGGUCAUCUAGUCCAACCCCCUGCUCAGGCAGGAAACCCUACACCAUUUCGGAC